AUGGCAGUCCGCGGCAUGGCAGUUUCGUGCAGGCUGACGUCACUGGUGCUGAAUGUUGACAAGCACGGUCUCCACCCGCAUUUAGACCAUUCACAGCGCCCGUGUCUCAUUCUUGAUAGCCAGCCCGGCCGAAGGAGUCAACAGACAAACCUGCUCAGCUAUGGGCCCAUACAGGGUAUUCGCCCGCUAUGA